UGUACAGAUAAGCAAACAGACUGCAGCAAUGACGAGACUUAAACAAUAAGUAUUAUUUAACAUCAGAGUAAAUCUGACCAUUUAAUACUAGUAAUUAUUUUUAUUACAAUUACAAGCUUCCAUACUGAGCUGUGCGAAAUUUAACCGAUAUUACUGCAGUUAAGCAUAUUAUGACCUUUGCGGCUCCGGAAUUCUGGAAUUACUGCCUCGUAACGUACUGGUGCAUAAUGACCCCGCCGUUCGGCUCUGCUUGUAGUGUUUCUCGCGAUUAUCACCCUUACCGGAAAUGGACUGUCUGCAGCGAAUCGGGCAAAAAUAACUGAACUAAUGCGAAGCAGCGGGCGCAGUUCACUGUACGACUGACAAUGACGCCAAUGACUCGGUUCCUAAAUUAUUUUCCGGCUUGUGCCAUCACAACAUGGGGCGAAGUCAACCAUCGUCCAACAUUAUGUUGGAAGGAUUGAGCGACUAGUUUUGGCCGCUGAACACCAAAUGCAGGACGACAUUAUCCUUUUGCCCAUGCCCAAUCUACCGCCACUAGAUCCAAGUAUUGUCCGCACAACGGUCGGCCGAACGGCUGUGUUCUCUUGUAAUGCUCCUGCUCCAGAAGCGGACACUGAUGCGCCACAGAUUACCUGGCGGCAUCAGAACGUCACAAUUUAUAAUGACCACACGGUACCGGCCUUCACGACCUUUAACUAUACCCGGCAUAUGGAAAACGGCAGUCAUUAUUUAUCCAUUCAUAACAUUACGCCGCUGGCCGUUGGAGCGGUACGGUGUGUCUAUUAUUCCGAAGGCGACAUAUAUCUCGUCAAGCAAUACAAACUGCAGACACGACCCACGGCGGAAGACAUAUUUGUCGGACGAUUGCGGAAUGUUACCACACCGUUUUCAGAGGCAUCCUUGACAUGCAGUGCUUACGUUAAUUGUAACUGCCGGCAUGGCGAAUCUUACUUUAUCUGGAAAUUUGACGGAAGAUUUGCCAUGAUGUCAACUCAUCUUAAGGAUUACUUGGAGCAGUUAUUUGAUUCCAAGUCUCUUCCGUAUGGGAUCAGUAACUUUAAAGAAAAGGGACGUUGUUGGACAUUCGCUGAAAAAGCCAGAGGAGCGCCGUGCGACUCGACAUUUACCGUCCUCGUGCAACGUGACACCAAGCGCUUGCCGACGCUUGUUGAAUGCUGGGCACAACCUGACCGAAAUAUUAAUGAGUGCGCCAGCGUCGAUUUGUUCCACAAGUUCCGGGGCUAAUCUUCUCGAACCAAUACCACUUGAAUUUUCUAUGCCUGUAAACCAGAAAUUCGUUGGAAAGUUAUCCGUGGC